CAAGCUCGCUCACGUCAUUCAAUAAUGAGUGCCUCAUCUAUGAACUUCGCCUUGUUAGGAUCAUUGUGGUUCUGUUUGAUUAUCGAUGUCACCCGCGCCUCUGUUAAAAAUAACAGCUCUGUCGUUGUAGUUCAAUGCAUAACUAACGUUGACUGCGGUGAACUACUGACAUGUAUAGACCUAACAUGUCAAGACCCAUGUCCCGGGCCCUGCACUGGUAAUGCUACCUGCGAGAUCUACAACCAUGUACCGUACUGUGCCUGCAAACCUGGCUUCUCCGGCAACCCCUUCGCCGGCUGUCAGCGAGUUCCAGAAACUCAAAGAGGUUAUUUAUUACCAGGCAGCAGACCUUCUGGCACAAAGGUCUACAGAGUGGAGCGCUUUUUUAAGGUCAAUUAUUUUUCUGCACUUCUUUAUUGCACGACCCAUGGUGGAAGAUUGGCGAGUAUUGAGUCAAAAGAUGAAAAUAAAUUAAUCAAAGAUGUGAUUAAUAAAACAGUACAUUUAAGGGAAAAAACGCCCCAAUCCGUUGAGUCCCAGAAAGUCAACAUCCAAUAUUGAAAAUUCCCCAGAGAGUGCCUCUAGAUUGACUGGUCAAGUCAUCAUUCCAGCCCCAACUAUGACGUAAUUGGUUUACUAAUCCUUUAAUUAACGAUUAAAUUAUGUUGUUACUGAUACUAUACGGUUACUGUGUACAUAUCAUAAGAGUAUAAUAAUAGUAUCAACUUAUUUUAUUGCAGUUUAUAAUUAUAUAUUUGGUGAUAAUUAAGGAAAUUUAUAAAUUGAGAUGGACACCAACGUGAGAAGAAACAUUAUCAUAUACUGCCACCCUGUAUGAGCCAAUACGUUAACCUAUUUAGUCUAUUUGUAUCAUUGUUUGUAUGAUAUCGAGCACGACCACUUUAAAGGUAUGACUGCGAAAGCCGGCUGCAUCAAACGUUAAUUUUUUAGUUGAGAACCAUCACACGUUUUGAUAUAUUUGUUUCUCCAAGUUUGGGCAAGCAUACAUUUUGAAAAAUUGCCUUUUGUAUUAUAAUGAAAAUCGUAAAACAGUUAAUUUCUGGUAAAUUUGGUAUAAAAUACUGAGUUAUCUGUUACAUGUGCCACUUUUUUAUAGUUAAAUAUGUCUAGAGUUUGACAUAUUAAUCCUUAAUAGUUCUUGAGAUAAUAGUUUUUUUUGUUUUUAUACAAAACACAUGUUACGACCAAUUUUUUAUUACCUUACAUCACAUUUUAGGAUUAUGGUACUUUGAUUAAUGGGAAUAAAAUAAUAAAUAACUCGAUUAAGAUAGAAAGAUUGCAAUUAAAUCCAUGUAAAACACGAAGAAUUACAAAACAAGCCAACAUGCAACAAAUUUGUGAUACAACAUUUUUAACCGUCAAAGAGCACACUGGGGUCCUCAGAACCCCACAUCAAUUUAGUUUUCAUGUUUCCCAGUUUAAGUGUCCCAUGGGAAAUUUUGACACCCAUGUCAUUUUUAUUUUGCAUCACAAGGGUUGAACCCACCACUGGCCUACUUACUUGCCUGCUGUCUGAUGAGAAAUAAAUAACUUUAAGGUUGUGUUUUUUCCUCA